AUGACCUUCUGCCUGGCCCUGCGCGUGGUGGUAGUGCUGCUGCUGCCCGGGGUGCUGGCCCCCGCUGUGCUUACAGCCGAUGGGCCACAGGAACCGGUGCCCACGCUGUGGCACGAACAGAUGGAGUUGCCGUCGGGAGAAGGCCCGUCUGAGAGCACUGGCGCCGCCCGCGAGCCCGAGCCCACAGCUGCCCCUGAACUCAGCACCGAAUCGGGCCCGGAGAAUGAUGACAGCACCGACCAGGGCCGCCUGGACCCUGGCGCGGGCUCCCUGGGUCCUGGCGCCAUUGCAGCCAUUGUCAUCGCUGCCCUGCUGGCCACCUGCGUGGUGCUGGCGCUCGUCGUGGUCGCGCUGAGAAAGUUUUCCGCCUCCUGAAGCCAAUAAACGUUUGUGUACGGUGA